CCCGGCUUCGCGGAUGGUUUCCGGUGGCCGAUCCAAGAUGGCGCCGUGGCCGGCAGAAGGGGAGUGAGUGUGGGACAGACAAGGAGCUUGAUUCGGUGACUGGGGCUGUAUGGUUUGGGGGCCUGGAUACUCGGGGAUUUAACGAGAGCUUCCGAGGAUCGCAUUGGUGGGAUCGGAGGAGACAGAGAGGGAUCCUUUGGAGGAGGAGGAGGAGGAAGAGGGAGUUUAAAUCAUAAACUGGGGGGGGGGGGGGGGGGGGGGGUUUGGUGUAAGGAUCUUUUUUAAUCCAAAGAAGGCUCUUUACUUCUGAAAUACUUCCUCGAGCCAUGGCUUCGGCGUCCGGCAACGACGACGAUCUGACAAUCCCCCGGGCGGCCAUCAAUAAAAUGAUCAAAGAGACGCUGCCUAACGUACGGGUGGCUAACGAAGCCCGGGAGCUGGUGGUGAGCUGUUGCACCGAAUUCAUUCAUCUCAUCUCCUCCGAGGCCAACGAGAUCUGCAACAAGUCGGAGAAGAAGACCAUCUCCCCAGAGCACGUUAUCCAAGCCCUGGAGAGUCUUGGAUUUUGCUCUUACAUUAGUGAAGUAAAGGAAGUCCUGCAAGAGUGUAAAACAGUGGCACUAAAGAGGAGAAAAGCAAGUUCACGUCUUGAAAACCUUGGCAUACCAGAAGAAGAACUGUUGCGCCAACAACAGGAGCUAUUUGCAAAAGCCAGACAGCAGCAGGCAGAAUUAGCCCAGCAAGAAUGGUUACAGAUGCAGCAAGCAGCUCAGCAAGCACAGUUAGCAGCAUCUGCCACAGCUAAUCCAGUCAACAAAGCAGGAUCAUCACAAGAUGAAGAGGAAGAGGAUGAUGUGUAAACUUUACCAGCAAAUUAGUUGUACACAUCUUUUACCACAUGUUAACAAUGACUUGGUUUGUCUGCAAUUUCCAGCUUCAUUCACAACUUUGCAGACUGGCUCCUGGUGUUAAGAGUGUCACUGGUCAAGUUACAGUUGUCAUGAGUUUUCAUGUGUAACAGUGAAUCACUUAUUAAGUGUACAGGAUUGGAAGUUUUGCAGACUAAUAUUUAAUAUUUACCUAACAGGUGACCAGAAUUGGGAGCAACAAAUCACUGCAGUACUUCGAAGCUCCAGCACCUGUUUCUUGUAUCUUUCUGAAAUUCAGUAUUGUUACUGCUCAUGAAUCUGAGAAGUAAUGCUUCAGUUUGUGUAAUCGGUUGCUUCCUUAUUGUUCAAUACCGAAAGCAAAAUUUAUUAAGUGGCUUAUUUAAGUUUGCAACUGAAAUGUUUUUUAAUGUAUGACUUGUAACCGGUGGUAAGAAUGACUUUAAAAAAAUUCAAAUUUAACUGCCCAUAUUUCAUUUUUCCUUUGAAAAGGAUGUUUGACUGGGUUCACAGAAUUUUAAAAAGUAACCACAUUAACUUGGAUAAAACCGUCAGAUCUGUAGUAGGCUAUUUACUCUUAAUUUUAUGUGGCACGUGUUCUUACUUCAUGGCUAGUUUUAACUCAUGGAUGUUAAGUAAACUAUUUCCCAAUGUCAGUGUUAAAAACAAAACAUCAUUUUAGUCAGCAGUUAUAGUACCAAAGAGUGAAGUCAACAGUGGGAAGAUUGACAAACGAGCUGGGUACUUAGAGAGUGUAUAUUAACUGCUGCUUAAAUGUUUUAGCUGUUUUUGUACUGUCAUGUUCAUGUUCUUACAAAAAUAUUCAUAACUGCUAACUAUUUUGGGAUUGACAAAUUUCACCUUUAUCUGUGGGAGAUUUCCAAUGCAGAGUGUAUGUUUUUUAAAUUGCAAUGCGAAGUUGAUUGUGCUAGUUAAUAUGUAACUCUUCCCUGGUGCUUAUUGUUCUCUUACAUUUUUUCAUGUGCUGUUUCUCUUAGCAAUAAAAAGACAUGUUUUUAUUAAAAAUGAUAAAAAUGCACUUUUUGUUUCGCUAUCUUUCAGAAUUGUAUUACUACUAAGCAAAAGUUGACACUUGGAUUUACAAAAAAUGUCCUAUUAUCCUUUGGAAAUGUUGACAAAUUCAUAUUCUUAUUUGUAAUUGCCCUCAAUUUUCACCCCUGCAUUAACAUUGCCUAAUUGAAAUAGCAUGCAAAAGAUCACCUGAAACAGACACUGUGGCUGAGGGUGUCAUAAUUUUGAAGAAGGGUCAGUGGACCCAAAAUGUUACUUUGCUUUCUUUCCACAGAUGCUGCCAGGCCUCCUGAGUUUUUCUAGUAAUUUCUGUUGUGUGCCGUUUGCUUCCUCACUUAACUUCUAGAAACCUGUGAAUCUAGAAUUAUGACCUAUUUCACUAACCCCAAGGAUCUCUGGAUGAGAAAUUCUGGAAUUGAGAUGACUGACCUCCAGCAACCUUUGUGCCAGCUAUAACUCCAACCAACUUGGGAGAUUUUCCCCUGACGCCCAUUGACUCAAGUUUUUUCUAGGACUCCUUGAUGCUCCAGUCAAUUAAAUAUGGCCUUGAAAUACAAGGGCAGUCAUUCUCACACACCUCUGGAAUUCAGCUCUAUGUUAAUGUUUGAAUCAAGUUGUAAUGAAGUCAGGAACCAGGUGACCCUGGUAGAAUCCAAACUAUGCAGGUUAAUGCGGAGGAAGUACUGUUGGUGACAUCUUGCAUCUCUUUACUGAUACUGAGUGUAGUCUGUUGGGCAGUGAUUGGCUGGAUUGAAUUUGCCCUUCUGUUUGUUUACAGGACAUAGCUGGGCAAUUUUCCGUGUUAUCUGGUAGAUGCCAGUGUUGCAGUUAUACUGGAACAGCUUGGCUAGGACUUCAAGUUCCAGAGCACAAGAUAAUUGCUGAAAUGAUGGCAGGGCCCUUGCAGUUUCUAACACCUCCAGCUGUUUUAUUUAAUCGUAUGGAGUAAAUCAAACUGGCUAAAGGCUGCCAUCUGUGAUGCAAGUGACCUCCAGGGGAGGAGGCUAAGAUGGAUUGGACAUUUAGCACUUUUGGCUGAAGAAUAUGGCAAAUGAAUUGAUAUGCUGGGCUCCUUCAUUAUUUCAGAUGGGGAUGUUUGUGAAGCCUUUCUCCAAUGAAUUGUCCAUCACCAUUCACAACUGGAUGUGGCAGAGCUACAGAGCUUAUAUCCAAUGUUUUGUAUGUGGAAUUGCUUUGCCGUGUGUAUCACUUGCUGCUUAGGCUGUUUGGCAUGCAUGUAGCCCUGCCUUGUACCUUCAUCAGGUUGACACCUCAGUUCUAAGUACAUCCAUUGCAGCUCCUAGCAUGCUGUCCCGCACUUUUCAUUGAAUUUUAGAUGUUUAUUGAUAGUAGGCUAUUUCUCUUUGCUCAAGUCCUACUUGUAUGACAAUUUAAAGUUUUAAUAUUCUUAUGUGGAGAAUGUAAUUAGAAACUGAAAUCAUCCAAAUGCAUCUGAUAACUUUGUAUUGUACUUUUAAUAUUUUGUAUAUUUACCAAACUAAAAAUCAAAGCUUAAAUACUGGUCCCUUUGCCUUCAAUAAGCUGUGGCCCCUAAUACACUAUUAUUGCAACUUGAAUUACAUGCAGAUAGGUUACCAUGAUUUAUUGUAAAGUUUUAAAUAUUUAUUACAAAUAUGGUAAACAUUACUGUAUUUAUGAGGGGUGAGUGUUUUAGUAUUCUUGACCAAAAGCCAUUGUGGUGCUCUUGACGCUCAAUUUUUGUAUUAAGUCAUAACAAAUAUGCUUUGGUUGUUAUUGAUUCUGCCUAAAAGCAAAGUACUGUGGAUGCUGGAUAUCUGAAACAAAAACAGAAAAUGCUGGAGAAACUCAGCAGAUCUGGCAGCAUCUGUGGAGAGAGAAAUAGUUAAUGUUUUGCAUCCGAUAUGACUCUACAAAAGAAGUCAUAUUGGAAUACAUCUGGACAGUAGAAACCAAAUAAUACAGGAUCAAUCCUUUUGGACUUGAAACAUUAACUGUUUCUCUCUGCACUAAUGCUGUCAGUCCUACUAACUGUCUCUAGCACUUUCUAUGAUUGAUCCUGUAUUGUUUGGCCUCUACUGUCCCGAUCUAAAGCAGGGCAGUUAAAUAAUGGCUUCAACUUGAAACAAUAAAGUGGAAACCUUUGAAGACUACUUCCUAUAUUCCAAAAUAGGUUGCUAAUGAAUAUAUUCUGAACUGACUACAGCCGUACCCAAGAUUCUGAAAAUAGAUGGUGAAAACAGUAGAAUCCCUACAGUGCAGGGAGGGGCCAUUCCGCCUAAUUGAUUCUGCACUGACUGUCCAAAGAGCUUCCUAACCUAUUCCUGUGACCUCUCAUUUUACUAUGGUUAAUCCACCUAGCCUGUAAAGCUCUGGACACCACAGAGCAAUUUAGCAUGGUCAAUCCACCUAACCUGCGCAUCUUCGGAUUGAGAGGAAACUGGAGCACCUGGCAGAAACAUGCAGAAUAAGCAAACUCCGCGCAGACACCCAAGGAAUGCAGUUCCCUGGCAUUGUAAGGCAAUAGUGCUAACCACUGAGUCAUUGUGAUGCCCCAAUAAUUCUUUGCAUGGUCUUAAGUGUUCUUGAAAAAUGCAUUGGAUCACCUGAUUUCAUGUUCUUGAUUCACUUAUGAAUUUUGAAGGAAAAUUACUCAUUUGUAGAAUGUCUAUUUUGGAAUUUGUUAUUUUUCCCCUGUAAUCAAGGACUUGAGUGAUAUUUUGGAAUGUGGGAUUAUCAGAUCUCCACAGCUUUUAAUGAUGUUAUUGUUAUAGCAUUUUUUGGAUAUUUCCAAGAAAACAAGUAUCUGAAAGUAAUUCUCAUCAUUGCCAAAAAUGUUCUCCUUUUAUGAUGCUAUCUUGGAACAAGCCCAGUUACAGUGAUAUUGUAGAAUUCUGGUGCCUCCUUCCCAAAUCAAAGUGUACUUUGACCAGUUAUAACUUUCCUACCGAAUGUGUUGAGAUCAUUUUGUUUAGUUCAGCAAGAAGCAUAUGGGUCUAUAUGCCUGUGACCAUGUUUUUACCUGCUGAACCAUGGUACAGCUACAAAAUCAAGGUUGUGGUAGGAUAAUAAUGUGCUAAGUAUAGGCACUGCCUCCAAAAUGAAUUUGUAAUUGUUCAAAAUGGAAGCAGCCAAGUUUAGGAAUGUUCACUGAAUUGUUCAAGUCCGGCAGCCUUGCCUUUUCUCCAAUAUAAAGGCUUCCUUUCACGAUUAGAGUUGAACAUAAGCUGGGCUUCCUGAAAUUUGACGUGGAAAUAAUACAAAGUCUGGACAUGCUGGGUAAUUUUAAGGAUUUGCCUAAUCAUUAUGUCAAAACGCUAUACUGGCAACAGACCAAUGAGGGAUAUGGAUUACAUGUUUUCAUAUGAUGUUAAUGGAAAAUUCAAUACCUAAGAAAAAUAAACAAUAUAAUCAAGAA